AUGCCUUUUUCAUCUCAAAUGGAACACAACCAAAAUACCAGAGUGCAAAGGUUUGUAGCAGGAGACGGGAGAGAUCUGGAUGUGGAGUGUACACUGGAGGGUGAACUGGAGCCUGGAGAAUACAUCAACACGUGUGAAGCUACUGAUGUGGAGCUACAAACCAAAGGAAAAUGUCGCUACAAAAUCAGUGUGAAACGACCAGACUGUAUUCCUCCUCCAGAGAUAUUGUACGGUUAUACUCGAUGCUCUUAUGGUAAUGAAGAAUAUCCUAUAGGAACAAUGUGUACGUACAGUUGUCAAGAGGGUUUUGUUAUCCCAACAAGCCAGUUACCAAAGUCCAUCAGCCAGUGCUUGCCUGAUAGUCGGUGGAAUACAACGGAAGUCCCCAACUGCAAGGAGGCUGUCCUACCUAAGCCCACAAAUUGCGCAAACGAAACCCUGGUAGCAGAAAAUGGUAAGAUUCGGAUAAAUACACCAAGGUUUGUAGCAGGAGACGGGAGAGAUCUGGAUGUGGAGUGUACCCUGGAGGGUGAGCUGGAGCCUGGAGAGUACAUAAACACCUGUAAUAGUAUUGACCCGGAGUUAAGAACAUUUACCGAAUGUCGAUAUGAUGUGAUCAUUAUAGCUGCUAGCUGCGACCCCCCGCCGGUGAUUGAACACGGCGUUGUUGAAGGGUGUUCACCUCAAUCUGGCCGAUACCCAGUAGGAACUACUUGCAAGUACCACUGCCACGAGGGCUAUGUUAUUCCAAGGAGUCAGUCAAGAACCAAGGCGAUUGAGUGUCUGCGGACUAGAAAAUGGAAUAUGACUCACGUUCCGGAGUGCAAAGAAGUUAUUCCACCAACCCCUUUAAACUGUGUUAACCAGACCCUGGUGGCUGAUGAUGGAGUGGCACGUGUAAAAAAACCCAGAUUUGUAGCAGGAGACGGGAGAGAUCUGGAUGUGGAGUGUACACUGAAGGGUGAACUGGAACCUGGAGAAUACAUCAACACGUGUAAAGCUACGGAUAACGAACUUCAAACUGCUGCUCACUGCCUCUUCCACGUGAACGUAACAACUCUCAAGUGUAUCUUUCCACCGAGAUUAGACCACGGGCAGACGAGAUGCAUCUCUGGAGAUCUUGGUGAACUAACUAUUGGAACAAUUUGUCACUAUCAUUGUGAUGAUGGUUACGUCAUCCCAGUCAGCCAAUCAGAUUUCACAAGGACGGUAUGUCUUUCCAACCUACAGUGGAACAUAAGUGUGGUUCCUAACUGUUUAUUGCUUAUUAAGCCCAAACCUAUCAUGUGCACCAACCAAACCCUGGUGGCUGAUGAUGGAGUGGCACGUGUAAAGAAACCCAGGUUUGUAGCAGGAGACGGGAGAGAUUUGGAUGUGGAGUGUACACUGGAGGGUGAACUGGAACCUGGAGAAUACAUCAACACGUGUAAAGCCACUGAUUCGGAGCUACAGACCACUGCAGAAUGCUCUUACAAAAUUCAAAUUUCAGAGCCAAAAUGUGAACCCCCGCCGACAGUGGAUCACGGAAUCGUUCAUUGUUUACCUGGAAAAUCUGGUGAUUUAACGGUUGGAGCCGUUUGUAGCUACGAUUGUGAAGAGGGCUUUGUAAUCCCAACAAGUCAGUCAGAAAUCGCAAAAAGGUUUUGUUUGUCCGAUUUGAAGUGGGAUAUAACGAAAGUGCCCGAAUGUUGGAGGGCUUACCCACCAAAACCUGUGAACUGCACCAACCAAACCCUGGUGAGUGAAGGAGGAGUUGCUCGGAUAAAGAAACCUAGGUUUAUAGCUGGAAACGGCAGAGAUGUGGAUGUGGAGUGUACACUGGAGGGUGAGCUAGAGCCUGGAGAAUACAUCAACACGUGUGACGCUGUAGAUCCUGAACUCUUGACCACUGGGGUUUGUUAUUACGGAAUAAUAGUGGAAGCACCACAAUGUAACCGCCCACCAAGAGUGAAUCAUGGAUCUAUUCGGUGUACUCCCGGAGAGCAUGGUGACCUUACCUCCGGGUCAGUUUGUAGUCUUCACUGUGACAGUGGAUAUGUCGUACCGGUCAGCCAAUCAAAGUUAAUAUCCAGAAUAUGCCAGCCUAAUUUACAAUGGAAUAUCACCCAAACUCCAAAGUGUUUAACUUUAGUAGCCGCAAGUACUGUAGCUCAGGUGAAGAAACCCAGGUUUGUAGCUGGAGACGGGGGAGAUUUGGAUGUGGAGUGUACCCUGGAGGAUGAGCUGGCUCCUGGAGAGUACAUCAACAACUGUGAAAGUACUGACCCUGAGUUACAGACUGUUGGGUUUUGUUCCUACAGAAUUGUCGUUAAAGCUGCAACCUGUGACCCUCCACCCUCACCUAAGCAUGGUUACGUGGAGUGUAACGUAACCGAAAUCGGAAAGUACCCUAUAACAACCAUCUGUUACUACAGCUGCCUAGCAGGAUACGUUGUACCAACAAGCCAAUUUAAACUAGCUACAAUAGUGUGUCUUCAAUCGCUCCGCUGGAAUACAACGGAACUCCUGGAAUGUAAAAAGAGGGUGGUCCCAGAACCAGAAAAGGGAGCUUGUGAGGAUGAAGAAUUUGAGACUAAUAAACCAGACUCAUUAGUGAUAAAGCCUCCUCAAUUUGUAACAGUCCGGGGAGAUGCUGCUGUCGUAAACUGCUCCUUGUCUUAUAUCCCUCAACAUGGCGUCCAUGAAAAUCUCUGUCAUGCUACCGACCCAGAACUGAGAACUUUCACUUCUUGUAAAUACAAUAUCAUUGUCGAGGAUCUGGGAAGAACUGACAGUAGCACUCGAAGAAGUUGUGAUCCUCUGAAUUCUCCAGCCAAUGGUUACAUCCAGUGUCGAGUCAAUCACUCGAUGAUCAAAUGUGAACUGAAAUGUCAGAGUGGGUUUUCAAUGCCACCAAAUCUGUUUCUUCUCCAGCGUGGUUACGUGGAAUGUGAUCUGAUUCAAGACACGUGGGAUUUCCAGAAAGUCCACAAGAUCCAAAGUUUACCGGACUGUCUUGCUGAGCUGUCAAGGACAAUGAUAGAAGCGGCAGUCAAGUUUGCGGCUGUUGUUCAAGACUGUUCCGAUUACGAUACCAUUGGCCUGCUGAUGAACGUUAUUAAGCGAGGGCUGUUGGAGAGGAACAGAAUCACCUGUAAACAAAUUCAGUGUGAUACAUUCACGUUCGUGUGUUCUGAAGGACUGGUUGGAAAGAAACCAGCCCUGGAAACUACCUGGACCGUUAAGGCGGCAUAUGAACCAGAUGGAGAUGACCUACAUGAAAACGUCGUGACAUUAAUUGAGACCAUUCAGUCUGAGACCCAGCGGAUUAUAACCUCGGAUCCAGAGUUUAAACAGGAACUACAGAAUUCUGGUGCUAACAUAGUGGUAGAAUCUUUUAACGAUACACACUUUAAUCUCAUCUGUCAAGAACGUGGCUUUGUUGUAGACAUCGAUACAGAUAAAUGCCGGGAGUGCCCGACAGGAACCUACGAAGAGGAUGGACAGUGUAAACAAUGUCCAAAAAACCACUAUCAAGACCAGACUGGACAGAUUCAAUGUGAAUCGUGUCCGCGUGGAACAAUAUCACACGCUGGUUCCAGAACUCCAGCAGACUGCAAAGCUGUUUCUGUCAGAUCUCGACUAGCUUUACCAGAAGCUGUGAGAGAACAAGCUUAUAGAGAUGUCUGUAAACCAAACCCUUGUAAAAAUGGCGGCUUUUGUAUUCGUGAUGGAAGGGAUAGCUAUAGGUGCCAGUGUAGGCAUGGCUACAGAGGUCGUGAGUGUCAAGUGCCUUAUUGUCCAGAACGGUUCUGCUACAAUGGGGGUUCUUGCAGUCUGUACUUCACUGGCGUUCUAGGCUGCAUGUGUCCACCUGAAUUUACCGGACUUCACUGUGAAAAGAAAAUAGAAAUCGACGCUUGUUUACACAACAAAUGUCAAAACAAAGGAAGAUGUAUCCCGCAUGAGAACAAUUACAUGUGUGCUUGUUCUUCUCGACAUACAGGUCUUUAUUGCCAGUAUCGGCAGUGUAGGAAACCGUACAGGCAGUAUUUCUGUCUAAACGGAGGAACCUGCGGCAUGACUUCAAAUCACCACCGGUCUGCCGUGUGCACGUGUCCUCCUGGAUAUGGUGGAAAAAGAUGUGAAAAAAUCGAAGAUGGUUCAUCGUCUCACAUCACUCAACGGACUUACAAGCGGUGAAGAAGUAAUUGAAGAAGUAUUCAGGGUAGAGUUUCUACCGGAGGAGAUUUUCUGGAAAUGUUCAUAGAAACCACUGAGGAACUAAAAAAGCACAUUUGAAAACCUCAGGGACUCAACAUAGUCAGAAAACCCUAGUUGUUGUUAUAAUCAUGAACACUAUUAGCAAGUGACUAAUGACCGUGGCGCUUCUCUCAGAGUGAAUUAUCGUUUGUUUGUUUUUUUACAAUUUAUCCAAUAUUACUUGAUGUCAAACUUAGAAAUCAAACUUACUUGUAGUUAUUGUUGUGUAAAUGCAUGAAGCACAUUGUUGAAAAAGAGUUACCCAAUAACUGUCUGGAACUCGUUAAACAUCUGUUGUGAUUUUGAGAUAGAUUGUAACAGCUAUGCUGUCCUAAUUGUAAAGUUUUAGUGAACCGAAUUACUCAUGUUUAUGGUAACAGAAGAGAACAUUGUGCAGUAAAUACUAUGUUCCUCUACUAAAAUGUUAAACAAAACUUAUUUUUUAUCUGCUCGAUUUUAAGUUGUUUUUUUUGUUUGUUUCUUGAAGAACAAUCAGAACUUCAGGCAUUCAAAUAGGUCUGGUAUUUUGUAAAGGUAGUUUUGUAAAUAAAAUGCUUAUUUCAGUUACA